AUGGCAUACAAUAGCUCAUUCAACCCGGAUGCGCUGCCAGCGAAGAGGCUAAAGGGCGUUGAGCUUAGGCAUGCAGAGCCAGAGCAGGUCGCUCAAAUGCUAGGGCAGUUACAAGCAUCGCAGCAGCCAAACCAUUCACAGAGUCAACCACCACCGCCCCCGAAAGGCGGACAUCCCCCGCGUGCGUAUACAAACCCUCCACCCCGGCACCAGUCCGCGCCAACCUAUCCACCCGCAACGGGGCAUGCGAAUCCAAACUUCAACAAUCGAAUAUAUUCGCCUCCUCCCCAGAGCUACGGCCACGGACCACGACCCGCGCACCCGACACAGAACCGUCCUCCCGUCUCCUCCUUGCCUCCGCGGACACCCCAAAUCGCACACAAACCAGGAAUGCCCCUUUCAGAUAAUCCGCAAGAUCUGUUUCCUCUGUUCCGCGCCGCCAACGCCUCUAAUACAGGCUCUCUAUCUGAACCUGAGCUAGGCUCGGCGCUGGUUAAUGGAGACUACACUUCAUUUGAUCCCGUAACGGUAAAGAUGAUGAUCCGCAUGUUCGACAGAGAUGGCAAUGGGCGCGUAACGUUUGACGAAUUCGUCGCCCUAUGGCGCUUUCUGGCCGCGUGGAGGGAUUUAUUCGACCGCUUCGAUGAGGAUCGCAGCGGCCGCAUUAGUUUACCAGAGUUUGGCAAGGCGUUGGUUUCGUUUGGAUACCGGCUGAGCCAGACGUUUGUGAAUCUGCUGUACAGGAAAUUCGAAGCCAAGGGGCGCGGAAGAGCUACUCCUAUUGGGCCGGGGGAAAAGGAUGCGAUGAGUUUUGAUCUGUUCGUUCAGGCCUGUUUGACACUCAAGAGGAUGACGGAUGUGUUUAAAAAGUAUGACGAGGAUAGGGAUGGAUAUAUAACUGUGAGUUUCGAGGAAUUCUUGACAGAAACGAUAGAACUUCGAGAAUAG